CAAUGCCAAUAAUAUAGUAGCCUUAUUAACAAUUACAUGUAAGUAAACAAUACAAAUUUCGUGAUUUCCUGGAAGAAGUACACCUGUAUUUUUAACUGGUCCAAAUGAGUGAUACGAAAAGAGAAUUCGCUAACAAACCCUGCGAGAUAGAAAUUUCUAACUGUCAAACAGUGACCCCAAAGCUUUUGCCAAGUCAAAACAUGAAUUGUCCCUGGAUCUCAAGAGCGCCAUUUUCGUCUCCUAUAGACCUUCGAAUUGAGAAUACUACGGCAAACUAUAAGCGCAAGCUAUCAAUGGACCCACCUUGUGAAAAAAUCCCGUGCGUAGCAGUUCAACAUUCGUCUAACCUAUUUUUACAUUUUUUGCGGCUUAUGCAAAUUUUUCCCGAGAUUCAUCCUGCAACAUUACAUACCACAAUGGUUCUCUGUAAAAAUAACUUCUUUUGCGCCGUCGACAAACUAUUAUAUGCCAAGAAGUAUAUAACAAAUGACGUGGGUGACCAACAGACCGAACAAAAGGUUGAGAAACCACAACCACAUACCAAUAAAUCGCUAAAUACUAAGGGCGCGUAUUUGGAAAUUUCAUUUCCCAAAGCAAUAGUGGUGCGGACGUUAGAUGACGGUGUAAAGCCUGUUGAUUCUUCAAGUACUCAAAAUAGGAAGUUAAGAAUAUUGCAGCAAGGACCGGCAGGGGAGUUCACUGGUGAAGAUAUAUCAAAAUCAUCCACGAUCGAUGUUCCAUUCGUUGCUUCCUCUUCCACUUCGAGUACCUGUUCAACGAUGGGAGAUAAUUAAAUGAUUUAUGGACGAAGCACACGUUUUAUAUACUGUUAUUACUGAGUUGUAUCUACAGUAGUCAAUUAAAAGAGUAGGUACAUAACUA